ACUCUCUGCACUUGCCCUUGGCUGGAGGAGGCAGGGGAGAGUUUUUUCUUGCUUCUGGCUUCAUUCAGAAGCUCCAAGCCCUUUAGGAGACCACACCUUCUGACGUUUCCUAGUCUGGGCCCCAACUAUCAGGCACCACCCCGGCCACUUCCUUCCUAUACUCGGCAGCCACCUCUCCCCAGACAGCUCUGAGUCCUUGGCUGAAACAGACUCUUCCACCUUUCCUUGGAGUGAACCAGGGGUCCCAGGCCCUCAAGGAGUUCUUGCUGAGCUUCCCCUGCUCAGAGGUGGGUGCACUCUGCUCUGAGCCAAGUUGAAGGGCACCCUCGGUGCUGUGUAGGGGAUGACAGGAGAGACCGAUGAAUCUAGAAGCAAUGGACCAUCCUUCAUGCCAGCAAUUACCCAGCCAUUGGUAGCCUCUUGUAAGCUGGUUUAUGCUUCUACAUGGAAUCUAUCCCUUAGUUCAACCACUGAGGACAGUGUGUGUGAAGAGGAGUUGGCAGACUAUCGGCUCAUGUUCAAGUGCUUCAAAGAAAAUAAGGUAGAAAUCGCAAGCGCCAUCACAAAGUCCUUUCCUUUCCUUAUGAGUCUCCGAGACCUCGACUUCAUCUCUGAGCAGAAGUUCCAGUUUCCAACAAUCACAGACUCUUCAGAGGAUAAAUGGAAGAUAUACUGAAGAGAGGCCCAUAUUGCCAACAGUUGUUAGGGAAGCAUCCUGUCGUCCCAGAGAUUCUCCAAUGAAUGGUGAACUGGCAGAGGAGGUGCCUAGCCUACCACUUGCAAUGGAGGAGAGGGAAGUGGUUCUCAUGAACAAAUGUCUGAUGGACAAGAGCCCCAGGAUGACUUAUCCUCAUCACCACUGAGAUGCGAAACAGUGUAUACUAAAGACCAGCAGAGACAUCCUGCCUUGUGGACUGAACAACUACUGGAUUCUUGGACUUUCCAUUCUUGGCCGGUCAUUGUUGCAUUAGUGGACUGCAGCCUGGCGGAGCCCUCCCUGCUGAGUUGGACAGAGUCCUCCCUUGAGUCAGUGCUCAGGCUGACUUCCUGCUCUCAGCUGUGGGCCACAAUACACAGUCUGGAAGCCUGUGAGGAGACCCAGGAUCAGAGCUCUCCCUCCCAGGCCCCUGGCAGGAGUUGCAAGAUGAAAAAUAGCAGCUACAGGUUAUCACCAGUUCCGAGAAAUUGCAGAGAGCACGAUGCAGAUUUCAGUGCUGCCUUGCUUCCUGUGACAUGUGGUGACGCGAAGGGAAUGCUGCACAAGGAUAAAUUCAAACAAGGGAUAUCUGUGAAGUCUAUACAGAGUGAAGAUGGGAACUGGUUCUCACCCCCUGAAUUUGAAAUCCUGGGAGGCCUCGGAAGAUCAAAGAGAUGGAAAUCAAGUCUGCGUUGCUACAAUUGCCCCCUGAAAUUACUCAUCCAGAGAAAGUUUCUACCCAAUUCUCCAAGAAUAUAUGGCAAGAGAAAAAAGAACUCAGAUGAAUGUGAGGUGUGCCGGAAUGGGGGAACACUCUUCUGCUGUGAUACUUGCUCCAGAGCCUUCCAUGAGGAGUGUCACAUCCCAAUGGUGGAGGCUGAGAUAACACCGUGGAGUUGCAUCUUCUGUAGGAUACAGUCCUUAGGAAGCCAACAGAGUCUUCAAGAAUCUGAGAUACUGCAGAGGCAGAUGGUGCCCCAGGAACAGUUGAAGUGUGAGUUUGUCCUGUUGAGCGUCUAUUGCUGUUCUGAGAGCUCCUUUUUUUCCAAGAUUCCUUAUUACUAUUAUUUUAGAGAGACAUCUAUGAUUGUAAAGAAACCUAUGUGGUUGGACUUGAUCAAGAAAAAGCUGAGAGAGAGAGGCUACUCCCUUGUGGAAGAGUUUGUGCAAGACAUGAGACUCAUCUUCCACAAUCACAGGACCACAUUCAAGGACCCCAAGUUUGGCCAAAUGGGACUUAGACUGGAGUCUGAGUUUGAGAAGAAUUUCAAGGAAGUGUUUGCUGUUCAGGACACAAAUGAAAACAGUUAACUGAUUUCACAGAUGCUGCUGGUGUCCUGGUACCAUGCCCUUUUCUGACUAGGUUUUUGCACCUGAAGGAAGACCUCACUAGACUGACUCCAUCAUCCCCAGAGGAUUACUCUGGGUCACAUGGACACAGUUGCAACUGGGAGUCACACCUCCUGGCCUUGUGGUCCAUCCCCCUGCCUCCAGCUACAACCAAGGGUCUAUGCUGGAGCCUGUCUCCAUCUGGCUUAGUCCCCCUUCCCUUGAGACAUAUAUGUUGCUGCCCUUGUCCCUCCUUCUGAGAGCACUUCAUAAUUAACCAUAAGCUCCCAAGACUUCAAUUUCUGUGGUGACACACUCCUGUAUUUCCAGCCCUUGGAAGGCUGAGGCAGGAGGAUACCUGGAAGUGUGAUGCCAUCCAGGGCUGCAUUGUGAGUUUCAGUUACUCUGGGUUAUAAAGUAAGAUCCUGGUUCCAGCAAACAAUUCACCACAUAAGACAAAAAGGCCUCAACUCUGGGUCUUUCUCUAGGAGCCUCAUUCUAAGAUGACAGUUCUAGAAGCAAAGCCUCAGGGUGGGAUUCUAGAGUUGGGUCACUGUGAAUAGGCCCUCAGGUUGUUAAGCUAGCACAGGGACCAAAUGUUAGCCUGAAGAAAGGUACUAAUGAUUGUAUGAGCCUCAAGCAUAUUCGAUAGUGCCAUAUUCCAUAGUGGGUCGAGAAAAGUAAUUCUAAGAAUGAUGGGAUUCAGUGGCUGUGGGGAAUUGGUACUAAUAGAUUUAUAACAGUUAUUGACAGGCUUAGAUGUAGAAUUCCAAGUUCAUGAUUCUGCAGCUGUGUUUUCAGACAGCAGCAAAGGCUUGCUCCAGGCUGUUACACUCAGAAAGACAGAACUCCAGGGAAGACUGGAUUCUAAGCUAGGAAGUCUCUUGUGCCAAAGUCAGAGUCCUGAAACUCAGGCUGGAGAACUGAAAUAGUUAUUCGGGAGAACUGUGAACUUGUUUCCCAUGAACUUACUUACCUAUGAAGGAAUCCCUUCACUCUUUCUUGGAAGAAAGAUCCACCUUGCUGCACGAAUUAUAAGAGACACAGAUGCUGAUAUUGGGGUUCAAACUUCAAGCUGAAUAUCAGAAAAAGCAAAGCAGCUGACCCAGUAGCUUCUUUCCUCUACCUCAGGCUCAAUGGGCUGAUCCACGAGCUCUUCACCAAGCCUCUGACAGUAACCUCUCCUCAGCUUGGCUGGAGAAUGAAUGCCUCCUACUGACUAGGUCCUGUGAUCUGUUAACCUUUUAGAUUGAUUCAAUGUUGUGUAUCCCUGGGUGACUUUGGACUCGGAGAGAUCUGUCUACCUCUUAAUCCUGAAUCCUAGGAUUAAAGGUGUGUACCACCACUUCCUACCUUCUGGCUACUGGGAUUAAAUGUGCGUGCCUAUA